AUGUUUGUGGGCUCAUCGCAGCCCUAUUCGGUCGCUUCCGCCAACGCUGCGUUGCCUUGUGCAUUCCUGGAUGGUAUGACUGGCCCUGUCGGAUUUGAAGGCUUGCUCCAAGCGAUGAGAGCUAGGGUUAGAGAAAUGAAGGAGGAUCCUUCCUAUCGAGGAAGCCCUGAAAUAUUGGAUGAGGAGGAAAACGACAUCAUCGACUCCGAGAAUGGACUCGAGAGCAUCCUGGAAGCGGUUCAAACCUACGUCGAGGUCGAGUUCCCUCUGUUCGCUCGUGGAGGUCUUUCAAGCGGAGGGAGUUGUCCUCGACAUCCUAGCUAUUUCGAUACCGUCUUGUACGCCUAUUUGAGAGCCUUGCAUAAUAUUCCGGAGAAGCUCCUGGCUGCUUGGAUCCAAGAUGAUGCUGCAAGCGAGCAAGAUGAACUGCGUGUUAAUGACCUUCUCAAAGGCCAUCACAAGUAA